AUGGCGCAAUCUUCGCUUAUCGACAAUUUCGUCACGGGCUUAGAGUACGCUUUGGGAACUACAAGGACCAUCAUCUCCUUAGCAGAUCAGUGGAGGCUAGAGUGCCCAGAUGGAAACGAUAAUGCCGAUCUAGCGGAAUAUCUUCGACUUAAGAGCGAGACUUCUACUGGCGACGCUCUGAGCUUUACCGAAAGUGGCUUCUAG